CUCGCUCAGGGGAGGGGUUAAUGAUUUAUGGGUUAAUUGACACAACUCUGGUCUCUGCAGAAUUCAAACUUUUUCUGCACGGAGCCAUAUCUGAGCAUGUGGGCGUAUUGUAACUCCUCCUUUAGUGCUGGGGGGACUGGGCAAGGACAGUCAUCACUUCGUCUUGCAAGAGCCGAACACGCCGGGUCUCUCCAUCUCCUGCUGCCAGACCUCCAGAUAUUUGGCCUGGAAAAAAAGGAUGUGGUAACUUCUGUGGGAUCUCCAGAGAGGAAUAAAGGAAGAUGCCAGCUGUGGAGCCGGGGAGGCAGAGGGAUCACACCGCUGUCCUUGGGUUACUCCUCAUCGCUGCUCUUGUUGUGGCUGUCCAGAGUGAGUGCCUGUGAUGCUCCGCCACGUCUCCAGUCUGCAGAACUUAAAGAGCAAUACCAAAGCACCACCGUAUUUCCCUAUAAUUCCGUGGUGGAAUACGUCUGUCGCCCAGGUUACGUGAGAAGUAGUAGUACCCGAAACACCCUUGUUUGUGGAAGGAACAGUAAGUGGCAUGGAUCAAAGGAAAUGUGUACACCAAAGCCGUGCAGUUACCCUGGAGAGCCGGACAACGGCAGGCUCAUCCAGACAGGAACGCUGGUUUUUGGUUCAUCAGUGAACUUCACCUGCAACCUCGGGUACAAACUGGUCGGACCUUCUGAAAUUCAUUGUGUGCUUGUAAAUGGGAUUGUUACAUGGAACAGAGAUAUUCCCAUCUGUGAGCCAAUACCAUGUCUACCCCCUCCAGAAAUAGCUAACGGGCAGCACAGCGGAGCUGGCAAAGCGCUCUUUGAGUACGGAGCAUCCGUCACUUACUGGUGCAACAAGGUCCAAAGGGGAGGGAGACCUUUCUCACUCUUGGGAGACGACUCUAUUUUCUGUACAACCACAGAUAAUGUAAAUGGUGUCUGGAACAAGCCGGCCCCGGAGUGCAAAGUGGUUAACUGUGAGCGUCCGCACGUGGAGAACGGGAAGCUGCUGAGCGGGUACCGGGCUGACUACACCUACGGAGACACCGUGGAAUUUCAGUGUGAGUUCGGCUACGUGCUGAGGGGCAGCCAGAGGAUCCAGUGCGGGUCUGACGGGAUGUGGAGACCCCCCGUGCCGUACUGCGACAAGGUUUGUGUUCCCCCUCCAAAAAUCCCCAACGGGGAGCACUCGGGCAUGAAAUUGGAGCAGUUCCCCUACGGGUCACAAGUGAAGUACAGCUGUGCGGAGGGUCUGUCCCUCAUCGGGGACGCCUCCAUCUACUGCACCUCCGACGACGGGGUGAACCUGGCGUGGAGCGGGCCGGCCCCCGAGUGCAGGGUGGUCCGGUGCCCCAAGCCCACAGUCGAGAGGGGGAGGAUGACUCCGCAGAGGUUCUCGUUCCCCUACGGGGCGGCCGUGUGGUUCUCCUGUGACGAAGGCUUCGUGCUGCAGGGCGAUGCCGAGAGCCGGUGCCUGGCCAAUGGCACCUGGCACCCGCCCCUGCCCACAUGCCAGCCAGUGCUGUGUCCACGACCACAAGUGGCCAAUGGAAGGCUGAAAAGCCCUUUGGAUGGUAAAAUGUGGUACCAAACAAAUGCAACUGUUACUUUCGAAUGCCUUCAGGGAUACCACUUUUCAGAUGAUGGAGACACAUUUUCGGAAGACUCUUGGACAGCCACAUGCUUGUCUGAUGGCAGCUGGACACUGUUGCCCAAGUGUAAGAAAGAACAUGAUGCUGAUGUGUGUGAAGAGGUUCGUUACAUUCAAACGGUCUUUGAAUGCGGUGUGCCUACAGCAGAAGUGAAAACUCUGUUGGAAAUACAGAAACUGCUUCUGGAGAUUAAAAAGCUGAAGGUGGAGCUAGAAAAUUUGAACGAGCGAGCCCUACCCUCCAGCGACACGCAGGCCAGCAGCUUCCCCGUUGGAUCCAGGGUGACGUACACGUGCACCGAAGGCGCCAUCAAAAUCCCCGGGAGGUCGGACACGGUGCAGUGCCUGCCCAGCGCACGCUGGUCGAAGCUGCUCGAGCCCUGUGGCCGGAGCUGUGGUGCCCCGACGAGGUUGCGGUUUGCUGCCCUGUCCAAGGAGGACGAGAGGAUUAAUUUCUUUCCUGUUGGGAGCAACGUGAGCUACGUCUGCCGCCCCGGCUUCGAGAACACCUCGGAAAGUUCCCCCACCAGCACUUGCCUUGAAAACCUGGUGUGGUCGGAAGCUGCCGAGCUGUGCAGGAGGAGGUCCUGCGGCGCCCCGGCAGCGCUGCCCGGGGGUGGGACGGUCGUUCUUACAGACCUGCAGUUUGGUGCAAGAGUGAAGGUUUUCUGCGAAGACGGGUACAAAUUAAAUGGGAGCCAUUUCAUCCAGUGUCAGCUUAAAGGAAACAACGUUGAAUGGAGUGAACUUCCAACUUGCGAACUAAUUACCUGCUCUUCACCGCCCCAAGUCAGCAAUGGAAAGCACGAUGGCCAAGGUGCAGAAGAAUUUCCAUAUAAUUCCACAGUGACUUACAGCUGUGACUCCGGCUUCGAGCUCGUUGGCAACGUGAGCAUCCGUUGUACGAGUACGGACAGAACAAACGGAGUCUGGAGCGGAGCUGUGCCUGAAUGCAAAGAGAAAAGCACAUCUGUCAAACUUGGAGCAAAAGAAAUGGAGAGGAGUCCUCCUCCCCAGAAACCCCGUGGAAACGGCAUCCAACCCUCUAAGAAGGCUUCCACGUGGGAAAUGAAGCUCAGCCUUUAUAAAAAGGCACUCCAAAAUACCAUCUCUUUCUCCCACUCUUCUUCUGUCUCCAGGACACCAGGUCAGUCCUUGAAGGCUCGUUUGGAGUUCGGGGGGGGACUCCCUGGUUAUUCCCGCUCCUAUUCCCAUGUUUCUCUUCAGUGUCAAGGACCUGCACUACCUCAGCAUUCAGAUUUGUUGUACCUUUGUACAAAACCCCGAACUACUAUUCUCCUGGGACCAGCCAAGGAUCCGUGUGUCUUCCAAAGUACAUGGGGAUCUCUGGCAUCCUCCCCCAAGCUGCAUAUACGGUCCCCGGGAAUUGCACGGAAAGAUUCAUCUGGAGCUUUGAAGCGGUUUAUCUGUGAUGGGUCUGCCCUCCUCCAGCGACGCCGUGACCGAGGGACCCCCACGGAAGAAACGCCGGGCAGAGGAGACUGCGGGCCGCUGCCGAGCAUAAGCCACGCGGAGCCCCCGGAGGACGUGAAACACGGGGGAAGCUUCCUGGUGGGCUCCAAAGUGACGUACAGGUGCCUGGCGGGGUACGUGAAACUCCCCUUGCUGCCAGACACCGUCCAGUGCCUGGCAAACUCCCAGUGGUCCAACCUCCAGGAGUUCUGUGUCCGUAGCUGCCCCAGCCCGCCACAUGUGCGUUUCGCUAAAAUAUCCCAAGAAGACGAAACGAAGAGUUUUUAUCCUGUUGAUAUCACGGUGAAGUACAUUUGUCGCCCAGGCUAUGAGAACACCACCGACCAGCUCCUCACCAGCACUUGUCUUGACAAUUUAACCUGGUCAGCAGUUCCCGAGCUCUGUCAGAAGAAAUCUUGUGGUAUGCCAGCAAAUCCAGAACAUGGGCGAGUUGAUACAACUGAUCAUCUCUUUGGUGCAAAAGCAGUGGUAGUUUGUAACCAUGGGUACACGUUAAAGGGAGUGUCACCUCUCAUCUGGUGUUUCCUAAUGGGAGAUCGUGUUGCCUGGAGUCAAAUUCCAGUUUGCUGGGCUCUUUCUUGCCCUCCACCUCCAGCUGUUCCCAACGGGAAGCGCAAUGACAACGGGACAGAGUUCACGUACGACUCGGUGGUGAUGUACACGUGUGACCCGGGGCUCCAGCUGGUGGGAAAUGAAACUCUUCGUUGUACAACGGAGAACGGGGUGGAUGGCGUCUGGAGCGGGUCUCCUCCGGAAUGCAGGGUUAGCACUACGGCAGUGACAAACCAAACGAAACCCUCCGAAGAGAAGAUGGCAGAGAAUCCUUACUGGCUAGUUGUCCCAGUAGCCCUUGGAAUUCUAGCUGGGAUCAUCCUGAGAUGCAAAGACAGUAAAAAACACUCUUACAAUGUAGAUUUACAAAAGCACAGGGUGAAGGGACAAGCUCCAGAGAUGCACCUGAAGAUAACGGAUGACAAGGACCAGCCCGUGCUGGGGCGUUCCCGUUUUUGCCACACGACGAGCUGCCACGUGUGUCCCACCUGCGAGGAGCAGCUGCACACCUCCCUGGCCCCCCGCGCCGAGCCUGCGCGCCGCGACUGUGCCACCUGCGAGGAGUGGCUGAGCACCCAGCCCGGCUCAUGGGGCUCCUACUCCGUCCCCAGCAUCAGCGAGAGCUCUCCUGCCAACGCUGCCGAUGAGCUGAGGGGUGACGGCACACGAGAAGCUGUUCCAGAGCGGCGCGAGGCAGAGCAGCCCGUGGGCCACGCGAGCCCACGGGGUCCCAUCUGCCAGCCCUGCGCCGACCGGCUGCACCUCUCCCUCGUCCACCGUGACGUGACCAGCUGCCCCGUGUGUCCGCUGGCCACAGAGGGGACCCCGGCCCACCUCGUGUCCCCCCGCACCCCCGGCUGUCACGUCUGCGCCGUCUGCGGGACGCCCAGCCACGCGCACCUCUGCCAGGUGCCCCACGGAAAGUCGUGUGGUCCACCGGACAUCCCGAAUGGCAGCUUCAACUACACCACUGACCUGCUGUUUGGGGCCACAAUAACCUACACCUGUAACGUGGGGUACCGAUUAGUUGGGAAGACGUCUGCAGAAUGUGUACUUAAAGGCAAUGAAGUUUUUUGGAACGCAGAGCCAUACUGUCAGGCUAUUCCCUGUUUAUCACCUCCUGUAAUCGAGAAUGGGCAGCUCAUUGAUGGGAACAGAGACUUCGUCUUUGGCAUGGCUGUAACCUACAGAUGUAACAAAGGUUUUUCUCUUGUUGGAGAUUCCACAAUUCACUGUGCAGCGGAUGAAAACCAAAAUGGAAUCUGGAGCGGUCCAGCCCCUGAAUGCAAAGUGGUCAGAUGUAAAAAUCCAGAAGUGAAAAAUGGAAAAAAGUUAUCUGGCUUUGGCACUGAGUACACGUAUAAGGAUACAGUGACCUUUGAGUGUGAUCCUGGUCAUUUAUUGAAUGGUAGUAACAUAGUCACUUGUGAAGCAGAUAAUAGCUGGAAGCCACCUCUGCCAAUGUGUGACCCAAUCCUCUGCGGCCCUGCUCCUCGCUUCCCUUUCGCCGAGUUAACGAGCUCUGUGGGUGACAGCUCUCUUGCUGGAACUAAGCUGAGCUACCGGUGUAAACCCGGUUACGCUGCAGCAAGUGGAAAGUCCUCUGUUGUCACUUGUCUGGAUGAUAAAACCUGGUCUGCAGACCCAGACUUCUGUAUACGGCAGCGAUGUUCUCCUCCCACCAUAGAGAACGGGGAUGUGAUCGCAGACAAUUUCCUCUUUGAGACAGUUGUGACGUUCACCUGUCAUCCUGGGUUUGAAUUAAAGGGGUCAUCUUCUGCCAAGUGUGUGGUAUCAGGAAAUGGAGUAGAUUGGGACGCAGCAUCUCCCUACUGUGAAAGACAGCUCCCUGAUGUUCUCUGUGAAGAUCCCCCCACGAUUGACAAUGGGAUACACAAUGGCACGAAGGGUGGGGCCUUUGUCUACGGCUCUGUCGUGGUUUAUAAAUGCAAAGAUGGCUUCACCCUUGCUGGAGCGGCCUCUAUCCACUGUACGGUUGAUCAUCAAGACCGUGGAGUCUGGAGCAAGCCUACUCCUGAAUGCAAAGGUGGGGUUCUUCCUACAGAACAGCUCCCUGAUGUUCUCUGCGAAGAGCCCCCAAUGAUUGACAACGGGAUGCACAAUGGCACGAAGGGCAGAGCCUUUGUCCACGGCUCUGUUGUAGUUUAUAAGUGCAAGGAGGGCUUUACCCUUGCUGGAGCGGCCUCUAUUCGCUGUACGGUUGAUCUUCAAGACCAUGGAGUCUGGAGCAAGCCUACUCCUGAAUGCAAAGGUGCAGCGAACAUGAUCACUGUUGAGGUGACAUGUCCUCGGCCACCAAACAUCGCCAACGGGCUGCACAGCGGACAGUCCUUGAACAAGUUUUCUCCGGGAGUGACCGUGUACUAUGGCUGCAAGGAUGGCUACGAGCUGUUUGGAAACGUGUCCAUCAACUGCACAGAGGCCGGGGUGUGGAGCUGGCCCCUGCCCCGCUGCAAAGCAAUCGGCUGUGACGUUCCCGAGGUGCAGAACGGGCAGGUCCAUGGGCUGCAGAGCACCUACAAAGCUGGAGAGACUCUUCACUUUGGCUGCGACAUCGGUUAUGCCUCAGAGGACGCCUAUGAGGCCCAGUGCCUGCCCGGGGGGGCCUGGGAUCCACCAGUGCUCAUCUGCGAGAAGGUCCGACCUUGCCCCAUGCCUCCGGAGAUCACCAAUGGACAUCACAAUGCCAAGGACAAAGCAUUUUUUACCACGGGAAUGUCUGUAACAUACACCUGCGAUCCUGGCUACUACCUUGUUGGAAAUGCCUCUGUGUUCUGCAGAGCAUCAGGGAACUGGAGUCAGCCCAGCCCUCGCUGUGAAGAGGUGACAUGUCCUCGGCCACCAAACAUCGCCAAUGGGCUGCACAGCGGACAGUCCUUGAACAAGUUUUCUCCGGGAGUGACCGUGUACUAUGGCUGCAAGGAUGGCUACGAGCUGUUUGGAAACGUGUCCAUCAACUGCACAGAGGCCGGGGUGUGGAGCUGGCCCCUGCCCCGCUGCAAAGCAAUCGGCUGCGACGUUCCCGAGGUGCAGAACGGGCAGGUCCAUGGGCUGCAAAGCACCUACAAAGCUGGAGAGACUCUUCACUUUGGCUGUGACAUCGGUUAUGCCUCAGAGGACGCCUAUGAGGCCCAGUGCCUGCCCGGGGGGGCCUGGGAUCCACCGGUGCUCGUCUGCGAGAAGGUCCGACCCUGCCCCAUGCCUCCGGAGAUCACCAAUGGACAUCACAAUGCCAAGGACAAAGCAUUUUUUACCACGGGAAUGUUUGUAACAUACACCUGCGAUCCUGGCUACUACCUUGUUGGAAAUGCCGCUGUGUUCUGCAGAGCAUCAGGGAACUGGAGCCAGCCCAGCCCUCGCUGUGAAGUGGCUGUCUGCAGAAAUCCAGAUAUAGAGAAUGGAAGGCAAGUUGAUGGUCACGGCUCUAUCUCUGCACCUGGGCAAAUGUUGACAUUUCAGUGUGACGAUGGUUACAGCCUGCAAGGCAGUGCUAAAGUCUUCUGCCAGGAGGAUGGCAGCUGGCACCCUCCUGUUCCCUUCUGCAAUAGACCACACCAUUACCAGGAGCUCUCCAACAGGCCUGAACUGCAAGGGAAACAAUGCAAUCAUCCUGGUGAACCUCUGAAUGGUAAAAUUGCUUUCCUGACAGAUCUCAUGUUUGGGUCAACAGUGGUCUACAGCUGUGAAGAAGGGUACAGGUUAAUCGGACAAGCCAGCAGACAAUGUGAGAUUUUUGGUGGACGUGUGGCAUGGAGUGGCAAUGUUCCCAUCUGUCAGCGUAUCCCUUGUGAGCCACCUCCAGACAUUCCUAACGGGAAGCACACGGGCAGGCUGCUGGAUGAAUUCUACUACGGCAUAUCUGUAACGUACACCUGCAACCCCGGGUACCCGCUCCAUGGAGAGCCCUCCAUCUACUGCACCACCCGGGACGGGAAAAACGGCGUGUGGAGCGGGCCCCCGCCGCGGUGCGGAGAGGCAAGAUGUCCUGUCCCACGGGUCCAGAACGGGAGGAUCGUGUCUCCCAGGACGUCCUACACACACAAGGAUACCAUCACCUUUGAGUGUGAGCCAGGCUAUGUUCUACGCGGCCACAGGGUGGCACGAUGCCAACUGAAUAACACCUGGGAGCCGCCCGUGCCAACCUGCGAGCAGGCUGGCUGCAAUGCACCUACCCAACUGGAGUUUGCUGAGCUGAAGGAGCUGUACGGCAACCAGACCGUCUUUCCCGUGGGGAGGACAGUGGAAUACGUGUGCCGGCCUGGGUACGCCCAGCACCCGGGGAUGCCACCGGCCAUUACAUGCCUCAGGAAUCAGACGUGGUCUGCAGCACUGGAGUUCUGUAAAAGGAAAAAGUGUCCUAAUCCCGGGGAUCCAGAGAACGGCAGAGCUGUUGUCCUGACAGACCUCCUCUUCGGGUCCAAAGUUAAUUACACUUGUGACACAGGGUACAAGUUGGUUGGAGGUUCUCAGAGAACAUGCGAGGUCUCUGGCACACAUGUCUUAUGGAGUGGAGAUGCUCCUGUCUGCCAACGUAUCACCUGUGACCCACCUCUGGACGUCCCCCACGGGAGGCACAGCGGGCACUCGACGGACACCUUCUCCUACGCGGAUGCAGUCACCUACACCUGCGAGCCCGGAUACUCGUUGGCCGGAGAGCCCUCCAUCUUCUGCACCACGGUGGACGGGGAGCACGGUGUGUGGAGCGGGCCACCGCCGCGGUGUGGAGGUAGGGCUCUGUGUCCGUCCGUCCGUCCCCGCCGGCGAGAGUUGGUUCUGGAGGUGACGUGUCCUCCCCCUCCAGGCAUCGCCAACGGGAAUCACAGUGGCCAGCCCUCGGACAGCCACCUCCCGGGCUCGGCUGUGCAGUACAGCUGCAGGGACGGCUACUCCCUCAUCGGGAACGCCUCCAUCAGCUGUACCGCCAAGGGGACAUGGAGCCGGCCCCAGCCCCGAUGUGAAGCAAAUGGGUGCAAAAGACCAGCAAUUGAGAACGGAAGAAUGACUGAACUGGAGACCACAUACAGACUCGGGGAUCUCAUUGUCUUCGAAUGUGAUUUUGGUUACGCCUUGAAGGGCUCUCAAGAGUCUUACUGCCAGUUUGGGGGCACAUGGGACCCUCCUGUCCCCAUCUGUGAGAAAAUGCUACAGUGUCCUUCCCCUCCAAAUAUCAAAAAUGGCCAUCGUGAGAGCAAGGAUGUGAAAGUGUUCAUCCCUGGAAUGUCGGUGAAGUACUACUGUGACCGGGGCUACGUCCUCACUGGGAAAACAACAGUUUCUUGUUUGACAUCUGGAAUCUGGAGCAUCCCUUAUCCCCGGUGUGAAGUGAUCAACUGUGCAAGCCCCAAAAUCCAGCAUGGAGAAGUGGCUGAAGGACUGCGCACUGUGUACCCUUCCGGGGCCAACGUCACCUUCCAGUGCCACCCGGGCUAUGUGCUGUGGGGCAGCCGUGAAGCCAAGUGCCAGCCCGACGGCCGCUGGGUACCCGCUGUCCCCACCUGCAAGCCAGUGCUGCCUUGUCCUCCGCCUCCCGUCAUUGCCCACGCCACGCACAGCGCAGAGCUCGGGACCAACUUCACCAGUGGCAUGUCUGUGAGCUACAGCUGCCAGCCCGGCUUCGUCCUCCUCGGAGAUCCCUCCGUGCUGUGCACGGCCUCAGGGAACUGGAGCCUCCCGUACCCACGCUGCACAGUGCUGCAAUGCCCCUCACCUCCAAAUAUUGACAAUGGUAAUCACAGCAGUCAGGGCUUGGAAGUUUUCACUGCUGGGAUGGUUGUAAAUUAUAGCUGUGACCCUGGCUACAGCCUCCUGGGAGAGGCAUCGCUCUACUGCACUGACUUUGGGAACUGGAGCCUCCCUCCUCCUCAGUGUGCAGUAGUGAAGUGUCUGCCUCCUCUGGGCAUUGCUAACGGGGAACACAGCCGUCCUUUGUCAGGCGCUUUUGCUGUAGGAGCACUUGUGCACUAUCGCUGCAAACACGGCUUCUCCCUCAUCGGCAACACGUGUAUGCCUCCAGAGAGGCUGCAAUAUGCAGAGCUCGAGGAGAGAUUCAACACGAUGAAGAGCUUUUCUGUUGGAACCACGGUGUCGUACGUCUGCCGGCCGGGGUAUAUGGGAAUCCCCGGAAAAUCACCCUCUCGGACGUGUGGUGAAGACUUACAGUGGUCGCCCAUAGAGCAGUUCUGUACAGAGAGAAAAUGUAAGCAUCCAGGAGAAUUAAAACACGGUUUUAUUAAUGUGACAGAUCUGACAUUUGGUUCAAAAGCUACUCUUUCUUGUGCAGCAGGAUUCAGAUUAAUUGGAAUUGAUGAGAUUUCCUGUGUAAUUAAGGAUAAAGGUGUUGGCUGGAAUAGAGAACUUCCUUUAUGUGAAAUAAUUCCGUGUGAACCACCUCCAACCAUCGCCAAUGGGCGCUACACUGAAGCUGAUAACUAUGUUUAUCAAACAUCAGUGACCUACACGUGCAAUGAUGUACCAAGGGGCAUGGAUCCCUUCUCGCUCAUCGGCCCAGCGACUCUUGUCUGCACUUACAAUGCACAGUUAAAUGGAAUUUGGAGUGAACCUCCUCCACAAUGUAGAGUGGUCAAAUGUGAUAACCCGAAAGUUAAAAAUGGAAGAAAAAUAUCUGGAUUUGGACCUCCCUACAGAUACAGGGAUUCAGUCACAUUUGAGUGUGAUCCAGGCUAUUUCAUGAUUGGACCAAGCAUCGUUACCUGUGGAGAAAAUAACACCUGGUCUUCUCCAACACCAACUUGUGAAAAAAUUACUGAACGUGUAUGUGGUGCCCCAAAGAUCACACAUGGAGUAGUGAUUCCAGUGAAAUCUGCGUAUGAAGAAGGAGAGUCUGUUCAGAUAAAGUGCAACGUUCACUGUGCUUUUCCUGAUGGCACCAAAGAGAUGACAGUGACUUGUCAAGGACAGAAUGCCUGGAGUUCUUUACAAGACUGUGCAUGUGAGACUGCAGGUUCUGGUUUCACUCCAGUCAUAAAUUAUGGUAGAGUAAUUGAUGGACAAAAAUCUUCAUAUGUUGUUGGGGAUUUUAUUACGAUUGAGUGCUAUGCAGGCUACACGUUACGUGGUGAAGCUCGUAUUCAGUAUAUUGGAGAAAACCUGUGGCAUCCUGGAGUGCCAACUUGCCACUUAAGUGCGUAUAUUACAGCCAUCAUCUGUGUGAUUGUGGCAAUUGUGGUGCUCCUGGCAGCCUUCUGGGUCUAUAAGAAAUUCUUUUCACAAAAUGGCUCGUAUACAGUUGAUGAGAGUUGCAAGGAAACAUGUAUUUUAAAAACUAAUGUACCAGCUGAGAUGGAAGAAACUGCGCAAAUGAAUUAAUUGAAUCUUGAAAAGGAAACGUGACAGCACUCCAUGUACUGCCGAAUAUAAGAGCUGUAAAGCAUGAAUGACCCUUUUGGGGGGUGGGAGGGGAUUUGCAGUUGAGUAUACCCAUCAGAAAUGGAAAACGAUUGCGCUUGCAUUGAGUUUCUGUAGCUUAAUAUCUUGUACUCUGUCUUACACUGCUGAUUAACUGCAGUAGGAGAUCAUCAAUAGGGUAAAAAAAAAACCCCAAACAUAUAUACAUCUAUCUGCUUUUCCUUAUGGGCCAAUCAUACUGUCUUUUCUGUGUGUGUGAAACAGCCUUAAAGGCACAUACCUGUAGCAUGCAAGAGUGUGUCGGCGGGAGUACUGGACCUAUCGCUGUCAUAGUACCAGCUGCUGCUGCCUGCUGCCUUCAGUGCUACCUCUUUUCUUACAGAAGACUAUCCGAUAUUAGUUCUGCUUAUUGAAAUCCAGAUGUGCUCCUUGUUCAUUUUUGCAGUUGAGGUGGUACAAAUGAUUAUGUUCUCUUGUAUUCUGAAAUGGUUUAUUAUUAAUUUCCUUAAGAGAUUGGUGCCAUUUAAGGCUAUGGUUUUUUUUUUGAAACUAUCACAAUUUAGAUUUUACUUAUACUACCUCUUUGUUUGCCAAACUUGGUUUCUGUGUAUCUACUGAAUUAAAAUGUGCCUUUAAAUCAGAGUUGUAUAGCUUUUCCAGUGCCUUUAAGAAGGAAAAAAGCCAUAUGUAUUUUUGUUGCUUUGCUGUAGUCCCAGAAAGACUACAGUGGGUUUGUUGGAAUGGAAAACUGAAGGUUUCUGUAGCAGAGGUGGCCCAUCUUUGAAUUUGUUGGCCUGUUGACAGAAGGUACUGAAGCGAAGGAACUGCUGAGAAAUCAGUGGUAGCCAUCUGUCAGGAGCACAGCGUAAGUUCCUUAGGACAAUUGAUUUUUAUGGAGCUUUGAUGUCAGUUUUGGAGAGGACUUUGUUGCUUUUCAGGGUAGAAAGGCCCCUAUAUGGAUCUAACUUCCUUGCCUUUGUGACUUGAAAUCAUGUAUUCCAUCCACAUACAGCAUUUCCAAUCUCUGUAUAUACAGACUAGUGCUACACCUAGCUCAGUAAUGCUAGAUUUAGCAUCAGAUACCUGUUGAGAAACAGAAACCUUUCCCUGUCAGCCCCCCUUUUCAUACUGAAGGAAGGCCAAAGCAGCUCUAGUUGCGGGAGUGAAGGAAUGGGUGCGCUGGCAGUGGCGGUAGAUGUGGUUUCUUUAGGUAGCUGCUUGCUUCAUGAAGUGUUUUAGUCAAGCCUGUGACUCCCAUCACAGCGUUUGCUGCGAAUUGAGACUCAGAUGUGUGUUGAUAGCUGUUACUUUAAAUGCAUAUUGGCUACUUCUAGUUCCUUAUUAAAACCAAAAGCUUAAUUAGGACAGAUUUUGGCUUUGUGAAUCUCUGAGUUUGCUAUCAACAUACAGGCAGCUCAUAAGAACCAAUUUGCCCAGAAAAGCCAAAUUGCCUCACUUCAGAUGGCUGAAGCAGCAUUUAAACUAUUCUUGCUCGUCUGGUGGAUUGGCAGCGCUCUCCACUGUUGUGAACAGACUGUUGGAUAACAUAGAACUGUUUAGGGCUUUACAGGGCUUUUUGGGACAAUCCCAGCAGUUGUAUUGUCAGAGUUCAUAAUAGUCUCUGGUUAUUAAAAAGGGGGUUUUGGCUCCACAGAAUGACUUGUUGUUCAUUGCCUAGCUGAUACCUAGUUUGAUAAUUGUUUGUAAAUGCUAUGAUGAUGUACUGGGAAUUGAGUGUGUCGGUCACUAGCUAGCCUGAUUAUGUAUGGCAUCUGCAAUGUUUAAAAAUCUGCUGAAAUGCACUUAAUGCUAAAGUGAAAUAACUGUAAAAAAUGGCCUUAUUUUUACACUUUUUUUUUAUUUUUCCAGAUGUAAAGACUAGUGAUGACUUGUAAUAUUACAAAUAAAAACGUUAAAUUAUUUA